GCAAAGGCAGUGGAAAAUAUGCCGAGACCAGGACCAAUCAAAUCACAUUUGCCAUUUCAUUUGGCUCCUUGGUCAAAAGAUUCCAAAUAUAUAUAUGUAGCUAGGAAUCCUAAGGAUUGUUGUGUUUCCUACUACCAUCACGUGAAGAAUUUACCCGGACAUGGUUUCGAAGGAACUUUUGACCAAUUUUUUGAACUCUUCAUGGCGGGCGAUAUAUAUUGGGGAGAUUAUUUUGACCACCUACAGUCUUGGUACUCUCACAGAAAUGAUCCGAAUGUUUUCUUUGUUACUUAUGAAGAGCUCAAGGUAGACAUUGAUUCCGCCAUUUUGAAAAUGGCAUCAUUUAUCAAUGACAAAGAAUAUGCUGAACCCAUUAGAAAGAAUCCAAGCAUCAUGGAAAAUAUAAAAAAAUACAGUAGCUUAAAAGAAAUGAAAGAAUUCAUGACAAAAAGCUUUAUGGAUAUAAGUGAGAUGACACCUGAAGAAAUGAAGAAAUCGCCAGUGCCAGAUACAAUAAAGGAAAUUUUGGUAAAAGAAAAAGACAAUUUGAAAGCUGCGAUCGAAGGUAAGAAUAGCGGCCCCAACAUAAGUAAUUUUGUAAGAAAAGGAAUUGUUGGUGACUGGAAAAAUUACUUCUCCGAAGAGCAAAGCCGCCGACUGGAAGAAAAAUUUUUGGAAAAGACAAAAGACAUGGAUAUACCAAAUAUAUGGCUAAGGAACAUGGAAAUGAUAUGAAUAUAGCAUUUCAUUGGUACACAAAUUACUAGUUCAAAGCAUUCUAAUCAAAAAGAAUUUAGCCUUUGU